AUGGCCAUCAACACGGACGCGCCGCUGGAGAAGGCGCUGGAGGGCUCGGCGCUGCCGGCCGAGGCGCACGAGACCGAGAAGCUGCUGGCGGCCGGCAAAGUGUGCAAGUCCUUCUCGUCCGGCGACGCGGCCCUGGCGGGCGAGGCGGAGCGCAACGGCCACAGCCUGCCCUACAUGAGCGGCUCGGAGGGGCAGCUGGAAGCGGGGCCGCGCUCGCCGUCCAGGCUCAGCCUCGGCCGCGCCUCGUCCACCGCCACCACCUCCAACCUCCACGAGCCGGAGCGCUCCGAGGAUUACCUGCUGCUGGCCAUCUUCUCCUGCUUCUGCCCGGUGUGGCCCGUCAACGUCUUGGCCCUGGUCUUCUCCAUCAUGGCUAGGAACAGCAACCAGCAGGGGGACGUGGAUGGUGCACACAGGCUUGGACGUGUGGCCAGGUAUCUCAGCAUCCUUUCCAUUGUGGUUGGCAUCAUCAUCAUCCUCUUCUGCUCAUUAAAAAUUGCAGCCAUCAUGCCCCUUCCCUGCCCUCCUGGGCAAGGGAGAGCCCUUGCCGUGGCCAAUGAGAGGUUGCACCGCUUCUGCCCCCAUCCCUUUGAUGGGUGCAACAUCCGCUAG